AUGACCUUUAUAAGGAAUCCCAAAAAGUUCUUUUACAAGUCAGAAAAGACAGUUGUUCCAGCCAUUGCCAAACCUGAGUAUGGAAAGCAUGGCAUAGCGUAUACUAGCAAACUUGCUGUUCAUUACGUAGCGUCUGGUACUCCUGGCAAGCCUUUAAUUCUUUUCAUACACGGCUUUCCAGAGUUUUGGUUUUCAUGGCGUGCUCAACUUAAAGAAUUUGGUAACGAUUAUUAUGCUGUUGCAAUGGAUAACAGAGGAUAUGGUGAUACCACUAUCCCUAGCUUAAAAUCUAAAGAUUAUUGUAUUGAUCUACUUGCUCAAGACGUUAAAGAAGUG